AUGGCAAGUCAGAAUGCCCCUCUAAAUGAACUACAGACAAAUUAUGCAGAUUCAUCACCCUGGCUCCCAAGAGAUACCACUGUCAAACUGAUCAUUAAAAUAAACUAUGAAAUAAAGUCCCAUCCUUCAUGCUCAUCAAGUGGAGCACAGCACAUGUCAACAAUAAGCUUCCUGGACGGUUCCAUGAACCAGGACGUCUACAGCCAGCUUCUCCCUGAAAAUGAUGAUGUGCAUCAUGUGACCUUCAAGACUGUUAGUAAUGUGCAUCAUGUGACCUUCAAGACUGUUAGUAAUGUUGUACGUUCAACCAUAAGGAUGAAGCAAAGGUUUCCGCAAAGGCACCAUUUCAGUGAUGAAGAUUUGCUUGGCCUGAUUUUAAAUUACUUUGUAGAAGAACCAGUCAGUUUUGUACAUUAUGAGGAACAGGGACGAUCAGUUACAAAUGGGUCCUUGAAACAAACAGAAGUCAAAACAAGGACUAUUAGAGACACAGACCAUAAAAGUUUAGUCCUCAAAGAAGAAAAUUCAGCACGGUUGGUUGCUGUUCAUCUACAAAGCCCUGACAGCCAUCAUGAAGUGAAAAUCAACCUGAGUCUGUACAAGUCACAAAGUCUUAGCCACCAACCUGUGACUCUAGGAAUUGCUGGAACAAACUACUAUCUCUCUGUCACUGGAGACUACAGUAAUCCUGUCUUACAGCUUGAGGUUGAAUCACCAGAGAAUCUCAAAAGCAUAAACAGUGAAGAAAUGUAUCGUUUUGUUUUCUAUAAGUCUGGUGAAGACUUCUCUUCCAGGUUUGAGUCGGCUAGCUUUCCAGGAUGGUUCAUUGGCACCUCACAGAAGGAAGAAGAAGAAGUGCAGAUCGUCUCCCAGAGACAAGACAUGUUUACCACAUUUAUGAUGCUAUAGAGUUUUCGUUUAUGUGAACGGAUGUCCACACACACACACACACACACACACACACACACACACACACACACACACACACACAAAAUCAAAAUCAUUUUUUGGUUUAUGUACAGUAUAUGUACAAAGUACAGAAAGCAGCUUUAAUCUCCAUGAGAUGAAAAGUGAACAUUCUUUGAUGUACAGUAAACAAUGCACCAUAGCUAUUUUACUGACCAAGAAACAUUUAAUAACAUUCCAGUUAUUUACUUUUGUAUAGAUUAAAACUUAAUCUUGCUGCUAUGUAUGUCAUUCAAGCUUUGAAUGUUACUAUCCAAUUAGGGUUUAAAAAAGAGAAAUUGGGAUUGGAAACAAAUGUUUCAUUGACAUUCAUGUAGUUUUCUUCAUUGAUAUCAUAGCUGUCACCAGAGAAGUAUUAAACACUUCCUGCUUGCUGCUGGUUUUGACAAGAAAAUGCAGUCAAGCAACAUGGAUACACCCACCUCCAUAGCUCAGACCUACAGUGAUACACCAGCCAUUUCAUUAUUUUGAUGGCGCUUAUAUAAUUAGUGUCGUGGGAGAUACAUUCAUAGUAACUGCUUCAUGUUACAUCUCUCUUCCCUGCACACUCUUCUUGUACUUUAUCCCGUGGCAUGGAGACUGAAACCUUUUCACGAAGCAAAGCAUGGAGUCACUGAGACCAGCACAGUAGACCUUCUACUGGCAAGAAGCCCAAAACCAUUUCUAAAUGGUGAUCUAUCCAACUGAAAUAUUGGAAACAUGGCUUGUUUUGUCUUUACUCCCCUUAAUGGGAAACAUUAAUGCAUUACCACAGCACCACAAAGAAGUCUUAGAAAUAGCUCUUACACAUGAUCAUGGAAUGAGCUGCAUUUGCCUGCUUACUGAGAUGGCCUUCCUCAUAUAUUCAGUCCACUAAGCAGAAACUAUGCUUUCAGGAAGAAAAGAAUCCAGCUGCGGUGGUGCAGCGGUGUUUGAUUCUCGGCUGGAGCACCUUCUAUGUGGAGUCUGCAUGUCCUCCCCAUGGUCGAGUGGCAUUCGAAAGACAUGGGUGUGCCUUCAUUGAAGGCUGGGCGUCGGGCUGGCACCUCAGCACUGUAAAAAUCUACUGCCAAUCAUUAGCAGACUGGAGUUCCGCUGUGGCAACCCCUAACCGGGAAAAGCUGAAAGAAGAACAAACAACAUGAUAAGAGGCUAGAAGGACAGCCACAGUUGUUCGCAAAGUAAUUCACAUGUGUAAUGUUUACAAAAUGUAUUACAUUAAAUAGGGGAGCCUACUUCACCCAUAAUCUGACAUUUUCAGUGAUUUGCAUUUACCUAAAUGUUACCAAGUUUUGGAAUUUGGGAACUGGACAGUUUUUGAAACAGUGACUGAGUAACUUAACACUGAGAAGUAAGGCUAUCAGUUUAAGAAAUCUAGCAUAUACUAGCCCUAUUAAAUAUUUUAACAGCAAAAGAUGCUCUUAAGGCAAUCAUAAAUGGAAGUAAUGUUUAGUCACGUGGAAGCCUGAAGCUUAAUGAGUUAAAAGUUCCUUCCCUUACUGCCAUCUUUAUUUUCAGAUUUUCAAUAGUCUUUUGAAGGGAUUAUUUACUUUUUAAUAUGUAAUUGUUUAAUACUUCCUCUUCCUCCACCUCCUGUAAAGAAUUCUUAUGCCUACAACACAUACUGACAGUAGCUAUAUGUCUUGCAUAUGUACAGGUAUCCUUCCAUAUGUGGAUUAGUAUAUUCUAAGCAGUACUUCAGGUUUUUAACUGAUUCGUAUAGAGUAUGUACCAAAUUUAAAUUAAAUUAUUACCAUAAAUAAGAUGUAGAUGGUAUUCAGAAAUGCUUAGUGCUUUGGGUGAAUAUAUCUCAAGUAAUAUGUCAGGUUUAUGAGUAUUCAUUUGAGGUAUGCAUCUGAUUUAUUACCCUAAGUUAGGCAUAUAGAUAUGAAAACAAAACAUUUCCACUAAACAUCAAGAAAGUUGUUUCUUGCAAUUCAGAUGUUCUAAGGUUCAGAACUACAUAUGGCACACUUGUAGUAGUCAGAAAAAAGAAAUAAGAAUUACCUAGAAAAACUAUUUUCUGAGGACAUGGAUGGAAUCAGUGUACUGCCAUGGAGGAGUGAGUUAUUUUUGCAAGACACACUGAAUAUUUAGAGGCACAUAAAUACAAAAUGCAUUGGAGGAAGUUACCUCAGUGCAGUCUGUAUUUUACCAUCACAAGCUAAACACAGCCUAGCUCUCAUUUUAUUUAAUGCUCUUAGUAACAAUGAUGAUAAUUAUUAAUUUAUUUGUAUAUAUUGUUUUUUAUUUAUAACUUUUAAUCAUAAUAAAUUGUUUUAUUUAAUAUUUUAUGAUGUGAGUAUAUAUGUGGACAUAUUUAACACAUUUAAAUUAUUUUAAAUGAUUGAACAAUUUGUAAAUUAUUAGUUGAAGACAGUAGGCAGUUAAAUCAAAGUUUUGCUACUAGAGGUCCUAACUCAGUAAUGUCUUUCAUUUGCAAAAUAAACUUGUUUAAAAUGGGGUAUAAUCUAACUGUUAUGCCUUUAUAUGUUGACAGAUGAGAGAUAUCACUGCGAAAAAUUAGACCAUAUUGUUUCUUACUUGAAAUAUUACUUUGAAGUAGCUUACUGUACUAUGAAUGUCAUAAAAUUAUUUAUAAUUUUUGCAAAUAUCUUAUUUUUGUAAUACAAAUCUAUAUCAAUAAAAUAUAUUUCAUAAUCAUAAAA